AUGAGUUCUUCACAAGAACAUGACUCUAUAAGAGCCCACCCGAGGCGUCGGCCUUUCAGGGCGUCGCGUCCUUCCCUGGAAUCAUCCUCAGCGCCUUCCCAUCCACGGCUUAGAAAAGGAGAAACCUUUCAUGCAUCUUCUCGAAGUUCCUCGGACCGUGACCUCAUCUUGCCUCUCCUCCCCCGUCGUUCUCCCACAUGCCCCGGCGCCUUGGAAGCUAUCGCCGCUGGACAACAGCGUAUGUCCAACAUUUUGGACCGCCUUGAUCUGAACUCGUUCAAUACCCCCACAUCAGGAGAGGAUCACGACGACCUUCCUGUCCCCAAGGGUCUACUUGAACUUCACAUUCAGUCACAGUCCAGGAAAGAAGGUUCCGCGGAACCCCGUUCGCGUCAAGCCAGCCCCAUGCCCAAGGGUCUUGCUAGGAAAUCCCAGAGAGCGCACUGCCAUGCGUCGGAUAGCGGGCUCGGCACUUCCAUCAGCAGCGGCCAGUCUGUAUCAUCAGCGAACAAAGUAAAAGCGGGACAGUUGUCGUAUGGUAGCAACACAGCCACUCUCCAGCGAUCACAGUCCGCAAUCACCCGUUCAAUCACAGCUCUGGAGCCUCGGGAUGCUCAGCAGCACAAACUCACUCCCGGUGGUCGUACAGAAAUCGAAAAGCAUAUUCUGGGCCCCCUGUUAGAAGAUGAGUGUCUCAAGCCAUUCCACCCUCUGCUCGAAGAUGUCCGUCAGCAAAUCGAAGAUGAGCGCAUUUCUUCUCUGCGUGACCUGGAAAAGACCGUCUUUUCCUUAGCUCCUGAUGUCAAGAUUCACGAUGCUGCCUAUGUUCGUUUCUGCCAGCACACCAUCCUAUGCCUGGGCCAGACAGUCUCCUUCCUGAAUGACCGAGACCUAUGCAUGCCUGCCGAUAGGCAGUACUCCAACGGCUACUUCGUGGAUCUCCUAGAGCAAGUGACUCGUUUCAAGAGAAUCCGAGAUGAGAUGCGUAAGAGAAGUGAAGAAGGCAAAGCUGGUGAGAAGCGGCUCAUCGUGGAGGGUGGGCUCUCUCAGACCGGACGGCCUCUCGAACUCGUUGCCCAGAAAGAUGGCAAACUUAUCUCCCUUCGCACCGGAAAGCCAUACGAAGAGUUGGCUGUACCUUCGAUGAAGCGGACCCUGAGCUACGGAUCCGCCGAUGAGGGUGCUCAGCGCUCUAUGGCCCGUCGUAAGAAGAACGCCCCUCCGAUGAACAUCAACAAGAAGUGCAAAGACUGUGACAAGGUCUUUUCGCGGCCUUGCGACCUUACAAAGCAUGAGAAGUCUCACACUCGUCCCUUCAAGUGCCCUGUCCCUUCGUGCAAGUACCACACCAAGGGGUGGGCAACUGAGAAAGAGUCCGAACGUCAUUAUAAUGACAAGCACUCUGAGGCUCCACGUCUGUACGCCUGCCAGUUUGAAUCUUGCUCUUACAAGUCUAAGAGGGAGAGCAACUGUAAGCAGCACAUGGAGAAGACUCACGGGUGGGUGUACAUGCGCUCGAAGAACAAUGGCCGAACUGCCAAGCGAUCUUCUAUCCAGCAAAGCCCUGCUCCCUCCAGCAGCAGCUCUGCUCAGCCACAACACGACCUAUCCAAUUGGGACAUGACCCCUGCUUCUGCAACCCCCGAGUUCAAGCAUGAGUCAACCGGUUGGGACAUGGGCCCUCAUUCCGAGACCCCCGAGUUCUCCUUCAACGCAUUCCAGCCUCCGAUGGCCGGUAUUCCAACCCCGGUAACUGGUACUGCGGAACUUGUUACUCCCACAACAGGAACCAUUAACUCGCCUUCGGAGCCGUACGAUAUGGCAUCCGAAAACACUGCGUUUUCAAUCCAGGAUAUUUUCCCCGAUAUGAAGGCGAGUGAUGGUGUGCUCUUUACCGGCGGAGACUUGGACUUCGUCGACUUUUCCAACCAGCCGAGCAUGUUUAACGACUUUCUCACUGGCUACCCUGAUAUCACAAUGCAACCCCAGGGUAUGAACUACGGAGACAUGCAGCAGCCUCAGUAUGACGACGAUUCUGCUGGCUUCCUUUUGGAUGUUUACAAUGACAUGCAAACGUACGGGAUUAACCCUGGAGGUCUAUAA